CGGUCGGUCGCUCGCUCGCCAGCUUGCUUGGCUGAUGCUCCGAUCUCCUCUCGGCCUCGGUCUCUCGAUCGAUCCAUCGAUCUCCCCGGCUUUGACGCUUUAUCUCCACGCGAAUUCUUUGGAUCCUGGGUCAAUUCGGUAUGCAAGAUUCGAAUUUUCUUCCGCCAAUGAUAAUCCCCCCGUUGCGGCCGCCACCUGAUCUUCUUACUCCUUAUCCGCAAUUUUUGCGAGAUUCGAAUUUUCUUUUCUUUGCCGCUCAAAAAGCAACGAGCUCCGAUCGCCGUCUUUCGCGUUGGUGUGCAGGGGUUUAAAUUCAUUGGACAUCAGCGGCUCGAUGGGGCAAGCCAUCGAGAUUCUGCGAUCCUGUUUUAAGAGAUCCAAGCUCUCCGCUGAUCGAGUGGCCUUCUGCUUGUCUGGUGAUUUCUGGAGCAAUGUAGUAUGGAACGGGUUGUUUUUCUUGGAGAUGUGUGCAUUUGUGGAUCCGUAGCAUAUAGUUUAAGAUGGAAAGCGGGGAUCUUUGAGUGCUUACAAUAACUAAUCAGCUCAGUUUCGAGUGGUCUUUCUGGCUACUGUUAUCUUAUUAGCUGUUAUCGAAUAACCUGAAAGUCGUUUUCAUUUGUUUCCUCAGUUUCAAUACAAUUAUUACGUAGGUCUCCUUCAUUUCUGUUCAUUGUCGCUUUCAAAUUUCGAGUUAUCAUUUAGUUUAACUGUCUGCCUCCUCUUGAUUUCUUUGUGGAGUUUCAAGUUUCUAGGUUGAAACGGUCGCUCGUAGUAGAGACUAGUGUUCAUUUGUGGAUCCGUAGCAUCUAGUUUAAGAUGGAAAGUAGGGACCUUUGAGUGCUUAGUGCUUACAGUAUCUAAGCUGCUCAGUUUCGAGUGGCUUGUUGAUGUUUCUGUGUUUCUUGCAACUGUUAUCUUAUUAGCUGUUAUGGAAUAAUCUGAAAGUAAUUUUUUUAGUUUCAAUACAAUUAUUACGUAGGUCUCCUUCAUUUCUGUUCAUUGUCGCUUUCAAAUUUUGAGUUAUCGUUUAGUUUAAUUGUCUGCAUCCUCUUGAUUUCUUCAUGGAGUUUCAAUUUUCUAGGUUGAAACAGUUUCGUGUAGUAGAGACUAGUUGUGAAACUCUCAGGUUCUUGAAAAUGAAUCUUUUGCCAACUAAGAGUGAAAAGGAACCGAUUGCAGAGGACAAUAUAUUUUCGCAUUCAAUUGAUGAAGGUAGCAGAGAAAAAUCAAUAGGUAAAGAUGGUCAGGUAUUGAAGAAGGGACCUUGGACGUCUGCAGAGGAUGCAAUUUUGGUCGAAUAUGUUAAAAAGCAUGGGGAGGGAAACUGGAAUGCUGUUCAGAAGAACUCAGGAUUGUUUCGAUGUGGUAAAAGUUGUCGGCUGCGGUGGGCUAAUCAUCUCAAACCAAAUCUAAAGAAAGGUGCCUUUUCGAUGGAAGAGGAGGAAAUGAUCGUUCAACUUCAUGCUAAAAUAGGCAACAAAUGGGCUAAGAUGGCCACAUUUUUACCUGGUCGCACUGAUAAUGAGAUAAAGAACUAUUGGAAUACACGAAUAAAGCGACACCAGCGUGCCGGUUUACCUCUUUACCCUAAUAAUAUUUGCUUUCAGGCUUCAGAUGAAAAUCAGCAAACUCAGAUUGUCAGCUGUGUUGCCCAACAACACAGUGGGAUCUUGCAGGGGAACAGUUUUGAUAUUCCUGGUACUGGAUUUGAGAACUUGAACAAUGGUCAUGCGGAUUUGUCUUAUGCUUCCUCAUUUCCAGAUCUCUCUGUGAGUAGCAUGAUAUGUCAUGAAUAUGAAUCCCCAGAUUAUGGGUACAUGGAUAAUGUGAAUCAUGUCAAACAGGUAGAUGCUGGCUGUGAUGCUACCUUCUACAGUGGGCCUCCCUCAGCAUCUCAAUUUCUAAUGGAGCCUCCUGGACAGCUGACUUUUCGCUUACAUUAUCCCUAUGAUCCUGAUCCCAACUUCAAGGACCUGGCAACUUUUGGAGGUGAAAUUCCUGGCCGCCAUGCCUUUCCAAUUGACAAAUUCUCUGCUUCAAGGCCCCUUUCUGGAGCUGUGAAGUUGGAGCUCCCUUCACUCCAAUGUACAGAAACUGACGAUAGUAGCUGGACCCUGUGCCAUUCCACACCAACUCUUGAUGCGGUUAAUACAUAUGUUGAAUCUUCUCCAACAACUGUCUCAUUGCAACCUGAAGCUAUUUCACCACGGAGCAGCGGUUUACUGGAUGCAUUGCUUCAUGAGGCACAGGUACUAAGCGGCUCAAAGAGAUAUUCAUCACUGAAGUGUUCAAGUUCUGUUAUCAAACACAAUGAGAUGGUGGAAUGUUCAGGCCUUAAUAUUUCUGAGACCGAGUGGGAAGACUACAAUGGCCCAACUUAUCCCUUGGGUCAUUCUGCUGCUUCUGUUUUAAAGGAAUGCACACCUCCUGUUUGUGGCAGUUUAUCUCAUGGAUUUCCACCAUUCAAGGAUAUUCCUGUUUUUUCAGGCUCACAAAAUACUUUUGCUGUUGCUGAACAUCUUUCAAUCCCCAAUAUGGAGGAGGAAAACUUGUCGUCUCAUCCGGAUUUCUACAGGCCUGAUGCUUUACUGGGAUCUGAUUGGCUUGAAGAAGGUUCUCAAGUUGCAAAAGAUCAUUCUGUCUUGAGUGAUGCAGUAACAACAACACUCCUGGGUCAUGAUUUUUGCAAAGAGCACAAGAUAGUGCCCGCUGGAACAUCAUCUGAUCACGUUCGAGGAACCAAGCUUGAAUCUCAUUCACGGGGUAAGAUCCCCGAUGUAUCUCAAAUGCCUGAGCUUCCUUGACCUCAAUCGUACAGAUGGCAAACUUUCUUGAGAAUUAGCUUGAUUUUUAUGACUGUUAAUGCUUCUUUCA